AUGCUUACCAUUAGACAUAUCGUUACAUUUAUUACGUUUUAUAUUGCACUUGUCAGUGCCUCAGUGGUGUUCGAAACAGAACGAAUCCCUGGAACCACUAAACCUAUCGCAGGUGAAUCACCAUUAUUACUUUGUGACCUAGAGGAAAAACAGUUAUUGGACAUAUCUGCAGUAGUGUUAUCUCCAAAUCCACCAGAACGUGGUAACGAAUUGUUGAUUACCGCUACCGGUGAAGUCAAGACUACUAUCAAAGAAGGUGCAUAUGUCGAUGUUGAAGUAAGACUGGGCUAUAUAAAGUUGUUGACACAGACUUUUGAUUUAUGUGAGGUGUUAAAGGAGAAUGAUGUUAACGGUUUGACUUGUCCAGUGAAACCAGGUGUAUAUGACUUGAAGAAAAAAGUGGAAAUCCCAGAUGAAGUACCACCUGGUAAAUACACUAUCUUAGCAAGAGCAUAUACUAUAGAUAACGACUUAUUAACAUGCAUUACAGGUGAAGUUAUCUUUCCUUUGUAA